GCAGCAGCAGCGUGCCCCCCGGCCCUCCCUCCCUCUCGCCGCGCCUGGGAGGGGAGGGGAGGGGAGAGGCGGCGGGAGGAGGGAGGAGGCAGCGCCGCGAGUGCGAGCGUAGCUCCGGGUGACUCUGUCUCAGUCACUGCGGGAAGGGGGAGGGCGGCCGCGCGCACCUUUCCCUCCCGUGCUUUCUCCCACUUCCACGAGGAAGGAACAAAGGCGAAGCGAGCCCGCGGCCGUCGGAAAGCCCCCAGGGAGGCGGAAUCCCGCGGCUCCCUGACAGCAACGCGGCCCCGGGCCGGCCGCCUAGCCGCUCUUCUUCGCCGUCCUCCUCCUCGUCGCCGAGUUGAGAAUCCGGGGAGCAGCGUCCCGCUUCGCCUCCCGGAGCGCGGCGGUCGUCGCCGACACGAUGAAAAGUAAAAAAGGUGUAGUUGCAAUAUCAGGCAGUGAAACAGAAGAUGAUGACACUAUGGAUGUCCCACUGGAUCUUUCCUCAUCUGCUGGCUCGGGCAAACGGAGGAGACGUGGCAACCUACCCAAAGAGUCUGUGCAGAUUCUUCGGGACUGGCUUUAUGAGCACCGAUACAAUGCUUAUCCUUCAGAGCAAGAAAAAGUGCUGUUAUCCCGGCAAACACACCUUUCCACACUACAGGUCUGCAAUUGGUUUAUCAACGCGCGCCGCAGGCUCUUACCUGAUAUGCUGAGGAAGGACGGCAAAGACCCAAACCAGUUCACCAUCUCACGGCGGGGGACCAAGCUUCCUGAAGGCAGCAUGAUGGAGUCCUCCAUGGGCACAAAGAACUUCCUUCCCUUGCUGGAGGAGAGCCCCUUCCUUCCCACCUCUGCCACGCUCAGCAAGACUGUGUCCUCUUCCAAGCCUGUGUCCCCGGGGUCUGUCCUGGCUCGGCCCUCGGUGAUUUGCCACACGACUGUGACUGCGUUGAAAGAUGCCCCUUUCCAUUUUUGUCAGCCAGCUGAUGUGGGCCAGACCACGGACCUGCAGCAGCCCCCGGCCAACGCCUUCACAGACAGCUCCCUCUCCUACCACGAGGAUGCCUCUAAACUGGGACCUGGUGCGAAUGCGCAAAGCGGGCUCUUUAACACUCCUCCUCCAACCCCACCAGACCUCAACCAGGAUUUUAGUGGAUUCCAGCUACUGGUGGAUGUUGCACUCAAAAGGGCGGCAGAGAUGGAGUUGCAGGCAAAACUCAUGGCCUAAAUCCCCUUCCUUCUCUUUCCCCAUUUUGGUUGUUUGGGUUUUGUUUUUUUUUUUCCAGGCAGGGAUCUAACAGCUGUGUGGUUAUUGCCACCCACACAAUAUCAAAAGACUUAACUGCAUUAUUAUUAUUUUUUUUUUUAUUAAUCUUAUUUGCACAAGGGAUUGCUGAAAUGAAGCUUCCUGUCACUGAGAUGGUCUUCAGUGGAAUAUGGUCAUUCCAAGAAUUAUAAACUUUAAAGCUACUGUAGAAAGAAAGGAUUGUGUGUUUUUUUUUUUGUUGUUGUUGGUUUUUUUGUUGUUUUUUUUUUUAAUAUUUUCUUUGUAGGUUUUUCAUAAUGUGAUAUGGUUCCCAAGAUCAUGUGAUUUGUUUUUUUUUCUAUCAGACUGUGCAAUAUCUAGUAAUGAUAUAGAGUCUUCUUAUCAUUCCCAUGUGGAACAGAAUAUACCGACACGCUGUCUAAAAUAAAUUUUCAAUUUUUUUAACAAUAUGAACUUUGGAUGAUUAUGCUUUUUUUCCCACAAUGUAAUAAAAUAUUUUCUUUAAAAAUGGA